GUGACACUUGUCUCUGGUGGCGUGUGACAUGACAGCUGACACGUCCAGUCUUUUGUCUACAGUUGACUUGCCAACGAGAAUGUUUACGUUGCGAGGUUAUAUCGAAUAUCAAUUAUUAUGAUAUUUAUUAACUUCUUUUUGAAACAAUAACCAGAUGUGUUUGCGUAACACGAAGUCCAUUAAGUUUAAUUAAUGUCGUGGUUGUGUUCUCCGUGGAGUUAGACCGGUAGAACGUUUGGUUUAACAAUGUUUUUGCAGUGGUUCAUACUGUUGGUGUUAUUACCAUUGAUAUUUAUAGUGUUCCUACUAUUCACAACAUUCGUACUGAUUCCUUGCGCAUUUAUUUUCGCGUCAUGGUAUAUGAGGAUUAAGGAACGGAAGUUAGAGAGAAGAAAGAGAGAUGGCGCUAAUGUUGCAUUCUUCCACCCUUACUGCAAUGCUGGGGGUGGUGGGGAGAGAGUGCUGUGGGUUGCUAUCAGGGCUAUACUUGCCAGGUACCCAGACACAAAUAUCCACAUAUACACAGUGGAGACAGCAGAACCACAGACUAUACUAGACCGGGCACAGAACCAGUUCAAUGUGAAAGUGGAACCAGGCAGGAUACACUUUGUAAGGCUGAGCAUGCGGAGAGUGAUUGAAGCCAAGUCAUAUCCUUACUUCACACUGCUGCUGCAGAGUUUGGGCUCCAUGAUUCUUGGACUGGAAGCCUUUAUGAAGCUCAAUCCUGACGUCUAUAUAGAUACGACGGGGUUCGCGUUCACCUUCCCAAUAUUCCGCUACCUGGCGGCGUGUCCCGUGGGCUGCUACGUCCACUACCCGACCAUCACGGCAGCCAUGAUGCGCCGCGUCAAGCACCGCAUCGUUUCAUACAACAACAACAGUCUCAUCGCCCGCAAUCCUCUAUUCACCUGGAUCAAGUUGCUCUAUUACAAAAUGUUCGGAUGGCUGUACGGAGUGAUGGGUCGGUGUGCGGACGUGGUAAUGGCGAAUGGUACGUGGACGGAGGACCACAUCAACGAGCUGUGGAAUGUACCACUUAGCACCUUCAGGGUGUACCCGCCUUGUGAGGUGACAGAACUGAAACAGCUAAGGUCCUUGGUGAAAGACACGGAUCCCAUUCGCAUCCUAUCCGUGGCCCAAUUCCGGCCGGAGAAGGAUCACCCGUUGAUGCUGCAAGCUAUGUACGAACUUAGGAACUUGCUGGUCAAGAACGAAAUGCUCUGGAAUAAGAUAAAACUGGUACUAGUGGGAUCCUGUCGGAAUGCUGAAGACGAGGAGCGUGUCCAGAACCUGAAGGACUUGGCGAAGCACCUGUCGCUGGAGGAUUCUGUCCAGUUCGUGGUGAACGCGCCCUACGCCAGACUCCUCCAGAUGUACCAGACCUCCAGCCUAGCUAUCCAUGCCAUGUGGAAUGAGCAUUUUGGAAUCAGUGUCGUGGAAUGCUUGGCUGCUGGACUGAUAACUAUAGCGCACCGGUCUGGCGGGCCCCUGGCGGACAUUAUAGAGACGGCGUCGGGUUCCCGCAACGGGUUCCUGGCGGCCGAGCCUGACGAGUACGCGCGCGCUAUACUUGAGGUCAUCGCCCUGCCAGCUCAUGAGAAGAAGGCUAUCAUUGAGGCUGCUAGAGCAUCGGUGGACAGAUUCUCCGAGAAAGAAUUCGAGAAAUCAUUCCUGCGAGCCGCGGAACCACUUCUAAGACUCGAUUAGUUGAAUAAGCGCUUUCCUUCUUCUGUAAAUUUCUUUCCAUUAGUUAUAAGCUUAAUAAAAUUGAUCCAAAGUUUUA